UAUUUUUUUUAGCUUUAGCUCUUUGCGAUUGGUCUUCAUUGCAAAAAACGAGACGAAGUAUCGCAAGAACGUAUUGUUCGCCGAGAUUUACGUCACAACAGUACGAUCACGUGAAUAAGGUGGCAUCUAAAGAGGUAGCUGAAAUGUUAAAGAACAUCCAAAUUCAAGAUCUUUCGAAAGGUUUGGCUUUAAAACCUAUUGUGUUGAUGGCGUGCGCAAACAUGUUUACGGAAUAUAUGUGUUCAACCAGUUUUGGUUAUAAAGACGACGAAUUCAAUAAAGUCGUUAGGAUAUUCGAUGAGAUUUUUUGGGAAAUAAAUCAAGGAUAUUUGGUGGAUUUCGUUCCGUGGUUAUUACCUUUUUAUACUGGGCAUAUGAAUAAAUUGUCGAAUUGGGCGGCGGAAAUAAGGAAAUUUAUUCUAAAAAGGAUUGUUGAUGAUCAUAACAAAGAUUUAGAUGAAAACAUGGAGCCAAGGGAUUUUACUGAUGCGCUGCUUUUACAUUUAAAAAGUGAUCCGACGAUGAACUGGCAACAUAUUAUUUUUGAGCUUGAAGAUUUUUUGGGCGGUCACUCAGCAAUUGGGAACUUGGUAAUGGUCGUUUUGGCCGAAGUCGUUAAAAACAACGACGAUGUACAAAUCCGGAUCCAAGAAGAAGUUGAUUCGGUGACCAAAAACGAAAGACCGGUGAAUUUAUUCGAUAAGGAGUUGAUGCCAUAUACAGAGGCAACCAUUUGGGAAACUUUAAGAGUGGCCUCGAGUCCAAUCGUACCACACGUGGCUACGGUCGACACCGAAAUCGGCGAUUUUUCAAUCGCUAAAGACACAGUUGUUUUUAUUAAUAAUUACACGUUGAAUAUGGGGGCUGAUUAUUGGUCGCAACCAGAAAAGUUUAAACCGGAAAGAUUCUUAUCAAACGGAAAAGUGUCAAAACCGGCACAUUUCAUUCCGUUUAGUACAGGGAGGAGGACUUGUAUCGGACAAAAACUUGUCCAGUGCUUCACGUUCGUCAUUUUGUCGAAUAUCUUUCAGAGGUACGAUGUACGGAGAUCGGGCUCGUUAAGCGUUUUGCCCGGUUGCGUUGCGGUCCCGCCUGAUUGCUUCAAAUUAACGCUCAAGAAGAGGAGGAAUAAAGACUGAUUUAUCGCGAAGGACGCGCCGCCGGAGGAGUAGCAGCCGCCGCGCCGCCUCCGUCCUCACGGAAUUCGUCUCGGCGACGACAACGCCACAUACACGCACACGCGUUCGCCUUCGCCUUCGGGGUGUUUCAAUGUCAAUCGGUCAAGGUCACAAGAGAACUUCUCUUACAUUUUACAUUACAUUUUAUUAUUACGAUAAAACUAAAAAAGAAUUAAUUAAACACGAUUUUGAAUAUGAUUGAUGUUAACCCCCCGAUUUUUAUACGUAACACAAAAAUUUGUUGUUAACUAUUUAUACACAAGCGUUUUUUUUUUAUUUUAAGAAAAAAACUGAGGUAUAUUGUUUAUUAUUAUUAUUUUUUUGUAGUUUUUAGUGCGGUAUUUAGGUGGUAAUUAUGAGAAUAUCAGACUGACUAAGAUUUACUGUUAAGGAAAAAUAUAAAUAAAUAAAACAAAAAUAUACCCAAUUUAUUUUUAAAA